AGGGAGAGAACAAAAUGUCAAAAAGAAAUAAAUAAACAAACCCCGGACGCGAAAAAGUCUCAUUAUUUGGGAAAAUUGAGUUAAAAUAGGAGUUAUUCUGGGAAAACUGCGUGGAAAAGCAGCUAAAGAGAGUCUUGAAGAAUCCAUCUGUGAAUUAGCUUCGUUGUGGACGUGCUUGAGAAUUUAUUUUCCCGGAAAAAUCCUUGAGAGUAGUUUUGGUCAGAGAAAUUAGGUUAGGACGAUGGAUCUGAGUUUUAUUCGCGAUCCCGCCACAGUGCGGUCCCGUGUAUACGUGGGGGCACUGGCGGAGGGGACAACGCGUAAAGAGAUGGAAGAUUAUUUUCAGAAAUACGGGAGUAUCGUUGGUGUGGUGGUUAACCGGGGCUUUGGUUUCAUCCAGUUUGAGUCGGAAGAGUGUGCAGCGGCAGUUCUGCAGGACAAGCACGGCAUGAUCCACGGGAAGAAGAUCUUCGUGAAGCCAGCUCAGACGGGGAUUGGGAGUAAUCGACCAGCUGCCCAGAAUAAUGUGCCGAAGCCGACAGGAGUGUGGGAUGCUGCGGAUCCAUCACAACCACCUCCAAUGGCUCCAGCUCCGAUACCAUGGACUGGUGCGUACUUGCGGAAGCCCGAUUUUGGGGCUGGUCUCAUGAACAUUCCCCCCAUUAGCUACCCAUCAUGGAUGGUAGUUCCGGGAAGGAAUGACUGCGAAAUCAUCGUGGUCUCGAAGGCUCUCACCGCCUACGCUGAAGCCAUUGAAUCCCACCUCAAACGCCUGGGAUUGCUCGUGGAUCUCCUCUAUCCCAAUGAUGACGUUCCCAUUGGGAAAGUUUUGGGCAACAUUUCCUCCCGUGGCUGCCUCUAUGCCGUCCUCGUGACGCCACAGAAUGAGGAACAUCGGAGUAUUACGGUGAACAUCCUCUACGGUCAACCUGCUGAACACCGAAAUAUGCCCGUUGAGGAUGCUAUAAAGUUCAUUGCUGAGAACUUUCGGGAAAAAGUCAAGAGGGACACAAUUGCUUCCCAAGCUGCCCUUCCCACGCCCAUUGCCACCACUCAAGCACUCCCAAUCACCCCAAUUGCAACGCACACCCUCAAGGACAAGCACCCCGAUCACAUUCAAUCCCUCCUUGUGCUCCUGGCGGAGAAUCGAAUGGUGACUGUGCUGCAGUACGAUAAGAUCAUCAAGUACCUCAAUGAGCGUCGUGAGAUGCAACUCAAAGUGGAGCUGGGCGACGAAGCGGGAACAGCCACAGCCAUCCUCGAGGAGCAGGCGCAACAUCAGAAGAAACAGCAGCAAGAGUUGGAUCUGCAGCAGAAGAUUCUCAGUAUUCUCAAUGGGCCCAGUAUCACCGGGAGUAGUGCUACAAACACUAAACCCCCACUGGCGCCGGACAAUCCCAAUCGUGAGAACACCAUUCGCCUCCUGCAGGACCCCAAAGUGCAAAAGGCACUCGAUACUGUACUCAAGAGCACCCUCUUGCAGUCCUUGGAUGUUUCUUUCUAAAUUUCGCCAAUUUUUCCUAUUUUUAUUAAUAAAAUAAUAUUAAAAAUAAUUCUCUGUAUGAUUUAAUAUUAUGAAGCAUUUUUAAUUAUAAAAUAAACUAAAAAUCAGCGAAAAAAA